AGCUUAACCAUCAGUUUCACUUUCAACCAACCUGAACCAGUACACACCGAACCUUCUAUCAAUUCACUAUGAAGGCCAUUUUCGUUCUCGCCGCCCUGGUGGCAGUCGCCACUGCCUCCUUCAUCCCUGCCCCAGUGCCAACCCGAGGCCUCAAGGAUGAUCUGCAAGACUUCGUCAACCUGCUGCCAGUGGACAAGCUCACUGACCUCGUGGUGCGGUACUUCACCACCGACAAGGAAUUCCAGGAAGCCUUCGCCUAUCUGCAGGGAGAGGAGUUCGCCGCCGUUUGGGAUCAGUUUUUCGCCCUGAAGGAGGUCAAGGAUGUGCUGAACUACCUGGAGGGUGCCGGUCUGGAGGUAUACGAACUUCUGAAUCAGGUUGCCGAUUUCCUGGGGGUGAGCCAUGUUAAGCCAACGCGUGGAGUCAAGAGCUUGAAAGCUGGAGGAUUGAGCGCAUUUGUUGAUGAGGCCCUUGCUCUGCUGCCCCUGAAGGAACUGAAGGCUCUGUAUGAAGAGAAGCUGAAGACCAGCCCCGAAUUCAAGGCUUUCUUCGACAAGCUGUUCAGUGCUGAUUUCCAGAAGUUGGUCGAUUUCUACCAGAACUCCAAGGAAGCUCAGGCCAUGGUUCAGAAGUUGCGCGAGCAUGGAGUUGAUGUCGACAAAUUCUUUGAGCUGGUCGCUGGAUUCUUCGGAUGGGGUUUCUAAGUUAAACUUGUGAUAUUACCUGUUAGAACAAAAUAGUGAACUUUUUGAAUAAAAUGUGCCGUUAUUAAAAAUUCUUCAAACAAACA